UGAUGAUCCACGAACCUGCAGUGUUGAUUGAAGGAGUUCUGUUCCGUGCUCGGUACUUAGGCUCAACACAGCUGGUCUCCGAAGGCCAGCCCACUAAGACCACUCGGAUGAUGCAAGCAGAAGAAGCAGUUUCACGGAUAAAGGCCCCUGAUGGAGAGUCUCAGCCCAGCACAGAAGUGGAUCUUUUUAUAUCCACGGAAAAAAUCAUGGUGCUGAACACAGACCUAAAAGAGAUCAUGAUGGAUCAUGCCCUCCGUACCAUCUCCUACAUUGCUGACAUUGGAGAUCUCGUUGUUCUAAUGGCAAGAAGGAGAGUUCUGCCCACAGAUGAUACUGGCAACAACAUACAGAAGACACCUAAAAUGAUUUGCCAUGUGUUUGAAAGUGAUGAGGCACAGUUUAUAGCUCAGAGUAUCGGUCAAGCAUUCCAAGUUGCAUACCUUGAGUUUCUGAAGGCUAAUGGCAUAGAAGAUCACAGCUUUGUGAAAGAGAUGGAUUAUCAGGAAGUUCUAAAUUCACAAGAGAUAUUUGGGGAUGAACUGCAAAUGUUUGCCAAGAAGGAGCUGCAGAAAGAGGUUGUGGUACCAAAGAUGAAGAGUGAAAUCUUGGGUGUGGUGGUUGUCGAGUCGGGUUGGGGAUCUAUGGUCCCAACUGUGGUCAUAGCAAACCUCUCACCAACGGGUGCUGCUGCAAAGUGUGGCCAAUUAAACAUCGGUGACCAAAUAAUAGCUAUAAAUGGCGUUUCAUUGGUGGGAUUGCCCCUUUCGACAUGCCAGAACUACAUAAAGAACACAAAGUAUAACACGGCUGUGAAGCUCACAGUUGUACCUUGUCCACCUGUUGUUGAAGUUAAAAUUCGAAGACCCGACACAAAAUACCAAUUAGGUUUCUCUGUACAAAACGGUGUUAUCUGUAGUCUAUUACGAGGUGGAAUAGCAGAGCGUGGGGGUGUACGUGUUGGUCAUCGUAUUAUUGAUAUAAAUAGUCAGUCUGUGGUUGCUGUUCCUCAUGAAAAAAUUGUAAAUCUUUUGGCUACUUCUGUUGGUGAGAUCCGGAUGAAGACCAUGCCUACUUCAAUUUUCCGCCUGUUAACUGGCCAAGAAACUCCACAGUAUAUAUAGUGCUUCACCUUUUGUGCUGUCCGUGCAUACUAAGUGCCACAGCCAUUCUCUCUCUCUCUGUGUGGGUGGAUUAGUGUGUGGGUGGAUCCAAAAGGGUGCCAUUCUAAUUAUCUGCACAUUGCUUUCUGACAACCAAAUGUGGCCAGCAUUCUAUCUCAAAAAACUAAUAUAGUGAAAAUUACACAAAACCUCUUUGAAAAAAAGUCCAGUAAAAGCUGGAGGAUGCUGCUCUCUGCAACAUGAAGAUUAUGACCUAAAUGAUCAACAUACAAGCAGCCACUCUUUAUUGUUUCCAGAGUAGCACUAUGCUUACAGUAUAUACCAUGUGAAACAUGUUGGUUUGAAAGUAGGGUAUAGGUGGAUAAAUUUUUGAAAAUUUAGUCUCUAAAUAUAUGAUAGCAUGUUUGGAUUAAGGGCUUGUUUCUUAUAUUCCAUUAAUGGAGGUAAAAAAAAAUAUUUUAUACCACAAAAAGAGAAAUGAAUUAAUUUCAUUACUUGAGCACUAAAAUAAAUAAAUAAAA